UCUAGCUUAUCAUAAUCCGUGGAAAAUAGGGAGCUGUGGCAAAAUUGUAAAUAAAACAUGUUAAGUAUACUGCACCUAAAUACAAAAACAUAAGUUUACUUCUAAUCUACGGACUCUCUUCAGUUUCUAAACAACCGACAGCAACUCAUAGAGAUGCCAGUGAGGCGUUCUCUUCACUCACAAUUCAACGUUUGCAAGUCCCUCUUGCGGGUGAAGCAGUUACAUGCUUACCUUUUGAAGACGACUCAUUUCUCACAAGACCCUUUUUAUGCAACUCAAAUCAUUAGACUUUAUGAAUUUAACAAACACAUUAACUAUGCAUACCAUGUGUUCGACAAAACUUCCAUUCGAACUGUCUACGUUUGGAAUUCGAUGAUUCGAGCUUUUGCAAAGACUCAAAGAUUUCGGAAUGCAAUCUCUCUUUUUAGAACCAUGCUUCAGGCUGACAUAAGGCCUGAUAAUUACACUUACGCUUGUGUUAUACGUGCAUGCUCUGAUAACUUUGAUUUUCGUAUGCUAAGACUUGUUCAUGGAAGUUCUGUGUCUGCAGGAUUGGGAAUGAACCCUAUUUGUUGUAGUGCACUUGUCAGUGCUUAUUCAAAACUUGGCUUUGUUAAUGAAGCUUGUAGAGUGUUCAAUGGGAUUGCUGAACCGGAUUUAGUUUUGUGGAAUUCUUUGAUUUCUGCUUAUGUGUGUUCUGGUAUGUGGGAUAUAGGGAUUCAAAUGUUUAGCUCAAUGAGACAUUCUGGGAAGAAGCCUGAUGGGUUUACAUUGGCUGGUGUGCUUGUGGGUAUUGCGGAUUCUAGCUUGCUGAGCAUUGGCCAAGGAUUACAUGGUUUGAGUCAAAAGAGUGGGCUUGAUUAUGAUUCUCAUGUAGGUAGUUUACUGGUGGAGAAAAAAACAUUUCCAUCUUUUGAAUCUUUUAUAAUAGAGGAAGAAGAAGGUUCAGGUGGUUAUGGCAUUGUUUACCGUGCCCAAAGAACAACUGAUGGAAAAAGACUUGCUAUAAAAUGUCCUCAUAGUAAUGCUCAUAAAAACCAUGUAAAUAAUGAGCGGAAUAUGCUUGAGCGUUUUGGGGGUAAAAGCUUUAUUAUAAAGUUUGAAGGUUCGUUGAAAAGUGGCAACAGUGAAUGCUUUGUUUUAGAACAUUUUGAGCAUGACAGACCUGAGGUUUUGAAAAAAGAAAUUGAUAUCAGUGAGCUACAGUGGUAUGCGUUUUGCAUGUUCAAGGCACUUGCGUGCUUGCACAGAGAGGGAGUCGUUCACCGAGAUGUCAAACCUGGAAACUUCCUUUUCUCUCGAAAGCUUAAGAAAGGCUACCUUAUUGACUUCAACCUUGCCAUGGAUUUAAAGCAGAAGUACAAUAUCGGAAGUAAAUCAAAGCCAAGCGUUGAUGCAUCCAAUAAUAUUCCUCUGCCUUCUGGUCCUUCCCAGGUAGUUCAAGACAAGAAUCUUGGAGGAACCAUAUCUCUAACAUCCAAUAAAAGGGAAUUGACAGAUCAUAGGAAAUAUUCUGAAAUUAAUAGGCAUAUGAAGCCAAAGGCUAAUAAUGCUGGUCAUCUGAAAAAUUGUCCUGAUAAGGCUGUUGCGAUUUUACGUAGAGCACCAGGAGCAGAUGGCUCAGGAAUAACCUCUGCCAAAGAUAUUACUAGUACUAAGACUGCUUCUGCUGAUAGGCUCCGAGAACCGAUACCUUUCCGAGGAAGAAAGGAGCUUAUCAGCCUCGUGCAGAAUUCUAUGCAAUGUGCAAACAGUAGUUCAAUUAAAAGUCCUACUUCUCAGAGGAAAAGGGUUACUGCUCCUUCAAGCAAGUCAGAUGGCAGGACACUUCAUCUUACACCGAUGCCUAUACAUUCAUCUAGGGUUGCUGUGGGAUCAUUUAGAAGCAAAGGGGAUGGAAAACAUAAAAGAGAGGGUCCUUGUGUUGGAACAAAGGGAUUUCGUGCCCCAGAGGAGACAAGGCCAUAUUGGGAGCCUUAUUAUCAUGCUGUGAUUUUUAUGGAAAUUCCAAGUUGGCAGAAACUGUAGCUCAGCAGAUUUUUAAAAGCGAUCCUUCUGACAAUGUUUACAAGGUUAUGCUUUCCAAUAUAUAUGCUGGUGAUGGGAGGUGGGAUGAUGCGAAGAAAUUGAGGGAUAAAAUGACAGGAGGUCAAAAGAAAAUUCGAGGAGUUAGUUGGAUUGAAGGAAGUUAUUAUUAAUUCUGAAAAUGUAUAUUCGCUGCAAAAUUGAUAGAAGAGUGCAGGUUGCAACUGAUGUCAGAUAUAAAGAGGCAUAUCAGAAAGGAAAAGCACAACUGGUCAAGGAAUGCAUCUGCUGUUUCUUAUGCUUGUCAAGGAAUAUGGUUGAAGAAUGUGUUGAGUUACUUGAAGCUGAAGCUAUCAGGAUACACUGUGAUCUGUGAUAAUAGCUUCCUCCAUCAAGCUUUCUAAGAACCUUAUCAUGCAUGGAAGAUGUACGCGGUUUCACUACCUUAGAGAGCUCACUAAGGAUGGAACAAUUGAACUUGUGUACUGUAGAAGUAAUGAUCAGCUAGCAGACAUCUUCACUAAGCCACCGAAGCUAGAAUCUUUAUGCAAAUUGAGGGAAGGCUUAGGAGUCGUAGAUAUUAGUAGUUUUGUAGUCUAAAUUGAACAUUUGUGUUUGUGUUGUAUGUUCAAUUUAAGGGAGGGUAUGUAGAUGCUUAAGCAUUGUGUUUGCAUCAGUAGUUUAGACAAUGUUUAAGCAUUGUACUAGGCAUUGUGUUAGCUGCCAGGGUUGGGCUUGGCUUGUAUUGUUGUGUAUGCUACUUGCCUAUAUAAGGCAUGUUAUUGUUGUGGAAUAAACUAUGCACUACCCUUUGAAAACUAA